UGUUUUGAUCAAGCCGACCGCCAUCUUAUGUUGGUUGUUUAGUUUUAGAAGAAAAUUUCUAUAUCCUCGGGUCUAACUUAGAUAAUUUAUGAUCUACAAAUGCAUACGAUCGCAUGAGAUACAUGGUAACCAGGAUCUGUACGAAUAAUGAGUUUGGAAACCCUUUUAGAAGCCGCAGAAUUUCUCGAGUCGAAGAAGUGGCGUACCCCGCCUAAAGCACGUGGUGAGGAAUCCUCUCAAGAUUUUCAUCAUUACGCUAAAACAUCGUCAAUUGAUGACAACGGAGACUCGUCCCUUGACAGCAGCCAUGGCCAAGGGGGGGCUGGGGACGAUUUCCGUGACAAGCGCCGCUACGGAGGAGCCGGAACGCGCGAAGUCCAUAACAAGUUGGAGAAAAAUCGGCGAGCUCACUUGAAAGAAUGCUUUGAAGUGCUGAAAAAACAAAUUCCGUUUAUGGAAGACAAAAAGACUUCGAACUUGAGCAUAUUGAGAGGGUCUUUGAAAUAUAUACAGAACCUGAAGAGAAAGGAGAAGGAGUAUGAGAUGGAACUACAGCGCCUGGCGCAGGAGAAGUCUCGUCUCCGCGACCGCAUUGCUACACUCAAGAUGGAGCUGGCCGAGAUGAACAUCGAGGUGGACCUGGUGCAAUGGAUGCACAGUCAGGAACAGGAGACAAACUCUACCUCCACUGCCACCGAGGGUCGCAGUCCCAUCGUGAGCGAUGCUGAGGAUGAUGGGGAGGAGGAGGACGAAUCUCCGACGCUGCAGCGCAUCGCACCUAAAGCUGCAAUGAUGAACUCUGCCGUGAAGUCCAUGCCGCUAGGAAUGUAUAAAAAUAUGCCGUCGGGUAAAGCAAGUUCUACUGGGCACCAUUCGUCACCGGUAACAACUGCCGCCCCGGCCGCAGUGCCCCCUCCUGUAGCCCCCCGACCCCCCAUGGUGAGACCCCCCGUCACCCAGAUUCUCCAUGACACUCUGACACAACGCCAAGCAUUACAGAAACAAGCUCUUGCAGCGUCUCAGGCUGCCCGUGCAGCUUCUCAGAUGAAUAUGAAGCAGCCACUUACAUCCUUACGGCAGCCAUUUGCAAUUAGUAACCUUGCCCCGUCUACGACCUCUGUAAAUCCUGGAGGUCAUACAGGAUCGGGGAAACUGAUGACUGCCACAGUCAACAUCCCAAAUAUUUCCAAGGCUCUCGGACAUCCGCUGUUGGUGGCUGCAACUGCCCUUGGUAGCGGCGGCAUCUCGAACGCUGCGGGAUCAUCAUCCGCCAUCCUGAAUCAUUUGAAUUCAGUUAAAAACCCUUUACCUUCCGUCAUAACGACUUUGGCCCCACCCACCGUUUCCACAGUAACAACAGUCCCAACAAUCAAACCCAUCUUUGCGACGUCCCCAGCACACUUGGUGCCCGGACAGCUGACAUUUAAUCCGUUAAUCGCUGGAGCGUUACCCAAGACCACAGGACAAGUAUUAUCCACUGUUGGGAGCAUCCCCGCGGGAACGAUGCUGACUUCCUCCCAGUCGCAAGUAACCAGCAUGCCACACAUCAUGUCGCUAGCACACAUGGGCCUCAACAACAUGACCGUCAUGUCCCCGGGGAUGCCUGUCGCAAACUUGGCGUCAAAUCAACUCAAUAACGUUCUAUCGCAGCAGGCGAUCCUGAAGCAAAUCCCUCUUCUUCAGCCACAUAUACUUCAGUCGGGGCAAAUGAUUGGAACCCCUGUUGUCAAGCCAGUUGUCAUGGUUUCCAUGCCUAGCGUUGCCACGACGACCACUCCUGCGGUGCAGGUCACCCACUCUACAUCGUAACUGCAUUCCAGGACAAUUUGUUGUAGCUGUUUUUGUCCCAAAGAGACAGAAUAGUGUUAUGUCCUGUGGCGUAUGUAUUUAUUUUAGUAUUAUCUCUUCUAAAGAGAUGCUGUUGUAUCCAGGGCAACUGUUGCUAGGUAACAUGGUGCAUACUUUGGGGUCUUGUUUUAUAUCCAUUUGUUAUUGAAGUGAACAUGUUAUGAAGUGUGAUAGUGAGUUAUAUUGACAUGUCUACAUGUAAAGUGCUCAGCUUGUUGUGUGCGAAGCGUAAAUGUUUUGUGACGGAACUAAUGACAAUUAUUUUGCAUGCCUUUGUUGAAAGUAUUCAUUGACAUAUUUUGCACUGCGGAGACUAACACCGGUACCACUUAUCAUGAACUAACUUGACUUGGUUCACUGUUCGUGAACCGGACUGGGUUCACUGUUCAUGAAUCUGACUGGGUUCACUGUUCCUGAACCGGACUGGGUUCACUGUUCCUGAACCGGACUGGCUUCACUGUUCCUGAACGGGACUGGCUUCACUGUUCAUGAAUCUGACUGGGUUAUUUGUUCAUGAAUCUGACUGGGUUCAAUGUUCAUGAACUGGACUGGGUUCACUGUUCAUGAAUCUGACUGGGUUCACGGUUCAUGAACCGGACUGGUUUCACGGUUCCUGAACCGGACUGGGUUCACUGUUCCUGAACCGGACUGGGUUCACUGUUCCUGAACCGGACUGGCUUCACUGUUCAUGAAUCUGACUGGGUUCACUGUUCAUGAAUCUGACUGGGUUCACUGUUCAUGAAUCUGACUGGGUUAUUUGUUCAUGAAUCUGACUGGGUUCACUGUUCAUGAACUGGAUUGGGUUCACUGUUCAUGAAUCUGACUUGGUUCACUGUUCCUGAACCGGACUGGGUUCACUGUUCGUGAAUCGGACUGGGUUCACUGUUCCUGAACCGGACUGGCUUCACUGUUCCUGAACGGGACUGGCUUCACUGUUCGUGAAUCUGACUGGGUUAUUUGUUCAUGAAUCUGACUGGGUUCACUGUUCAUGAACUGGACUGGGUUCACUGUUCAUGAAUCUGACUUGGUUCACUGUUCCUGAACCGGACUGGGUUCACUGUUCAUGAACCAGACUGGGUUCACUGUUCAUGAGCAGGACUGGGUUCACUGUUCAUGAACUGGACUGGGUUCACUGUUCAUGAACCGGACUUGGUUCACUGUUCAUGAACCGGACUGGGUUCACUGUUCAUGAAUUGGACUGAGUCAACAGAUAAUGCAACUGAACAGAUUUCACUGAUCAUAAAGAAGAAGACUGGGUUCACUGAUGUUUUGAAUUGGUUAAAAUUCUGAGAAUCUGUGAACGAAGUAAUAAUGGUUCAUGAAUGGGAAAGAGUCCUCUUUCUCUGUGUCAGCAGUGUAAAUAAUAUCACCCAGUCGACACAUUUUGCAAGAAAUUUAACUGACCGAUCAGCAAAAGAAAACCUUUAAAAAAAUAUGUCUUCAUGUCCUUUAAAACUGGCUGUGACUUUGGUUUCUAGGCAAUACAAGUUACCUCCCUUACCCAUUACCUUUAUCCGCAUCUUGACGUUUGUUUGGUCGGUAGGAUGUUAAUGAAAAUCAAGGGCAGGUAAUUUGUGAUUGCAAAAAAACACGGGAAUGGAUUCAUGGGUGUAAGUUUACCGAAAUGCAAGCUCUGGAGAUAUGGAGGAUGUUUCAAAUGGUAAGGCAAACCAUAUACAAGGGACAUAUUGGCAACUGCGGCUUUGUCACCAGACUUUUUAUGCUUUUAAUCACUCAAUUUUUCCUUUUGAAUUGUAAAAAUUAUCUCCUAUUUCAUGAUUGAUUCAUCGGUUGGAAACUGAAACCAAACCAUCAUGGCAAUAGGUUUCUGUGAUCGUGAAUUUUGUUAAUUUCAUUAAUCAUGAAUUGUUUCAGCAAAUAUGAAAUCAACUGGUUAGAGCAAUCAUGAACUCGCCUGUUUUCAAUGAUCAUGAAUUUUAUCGAUCUCAUUCACCAUGAAAUGGAAUUGUAUCAGCAAAUAUGAAAUCUCCUGUUUUCAUUGAUUAGGAUUAAAAAAAAAUAUUUUCACAGUGUUCAAAAUGAAUGAAUUUACUAUUCAUAUGUAAAGUAGAUUUCCCUCUCUGCAAUUACCGUAUUCGACGUAAUAAGCGCCCUGCUCUAAUAAGCACCCACUGCGAUAUUUACUAAAAUAUUUGCUGGUGAAUAAUCCAUAUUAGCACCCCUUCUGAUUGAUCAAUAUCCAAAAGACUUAUUAUUAUAAGAAGCAAUUAAAUUCUGGAAAAAUAUAUCUAUCGUAUAUAAACAUUUCAGGCUGUCAGCAUAAACCACGACAUUUAUCUUUCAAGGCUGUUUUAUUUUCACCAAAAUAACAUUCUACGAAGAGCCCCUUAUUUCUAAUUUUGAGAGCGCCCUGGGCGCUUAUUACGUUGAAUACGGUAAUACGUGUUGGGUUUAACGCCGCUUGGAACAGUAUUUGAGUUGUGUCACAGUGUGUCGGCCUAUUGUGGGAGGAAAGCCCAAAGUGAUUCAGGUCUCGGAUGUUUACCACUUUGGUGUAACCAAUGAGCACGGGUAUGGCGCUGACAAACCUAGAAACAUAAUCGGCGUAAUCUGUAAUACUCAGGGUUUGUGAUACAAACAAUUGAAUGCAUUAAGCCACAAAAACAAAGAAGUUUGAAAUUGAUGCAUAUAAUAAACUUGAAUCAUGGAAAUUACUGUCAAUUAUUUUGUAACGUAUAUUUUUCUCAUGGCAGAUGUGUUCAGGCCUAUACGACCUACUACUGUCGUACACCGUUGUCUUGAACUCCUGGGGACCAGAUAAAUAGUUACUCUUAUCCAAGGUUUGACACAGCGAACUUGACAUUAUUACUUUGUGACUGUCUCAGGUCACCACUGUUUCGCUGAUGGGAGAUGUUGCUAUUACUUCAUUGCAGACUUUAAUUGUGUAUGUCACGUCGUAUUGUGUUUGACAUUAUUCUCAUUCAAAUUCAGACUUGUGCAACUUGCUAACAAAAAUGAGUUUUUACUCUUAUCUCUUAUGACUGAAAAUUGGGAAUUCGAGGAAAUACCAUGCCUCAAUUACAUCUUUUAGAUUUUCAACAGAAGUCUUCCUUACUGUCAGCUAACCUUAAUUAGUUGUGUGGAUAACAGUCUCUCUCUACGUAAAAUUUUAGUUGAAUUUUCAUGGUACGUUUUAGCUUAUUUUUAACCCUUAUGACAAUAAAUUGAGUUUGAUGCAACAGACAGAUCUGGGUUACCAUGGUGAUAAAUAUGACAAGUGUUUGCUGGAACUGGGGAUGCAACGCAUCCGAGUUUGACUGCAUCUGCCAUUAGAACCUCCAGGGGUAUGCAUUAAUAGUCAGUUUUAUUCCCAUCCCACUGUAGAUUCAGUGUGCCAAACAUGUCUGGUUUCUUAAUUGAUGAUAAGUAAACAUUUUUGUUUCUUGUUUCAUUAUUAUCUUCAUCAAUAUGCAGAAAAAAGGAAGACAAAAUGUUGCGGAGGUAAUUUGAUGUUAUCUCCUAUAAUAACCUGUUGAAAUAGAAGUUAAUAUGUCAAUAAAAAAUUACGGUUGUA